ACAACUUUAAUUGACCUAAGACUUAAAAACCCAAGACCGCCCACGGAAUCAGAACCAAGGGGACAGGAAAAGACAGUCAAAGGGCUGAAAGGAAGAGAGGGUAUAUCCAAGAUAUCAAUACAGAGACAGAGUCCGAAUUGAAAACUGUGGGUGGGCGGCGCUUCAAUACUCCGUCAACGGAAACAAAGCCAUAAGUACCGAGCAAGACAAAACUGCAACGGGGGUCCCUCCCCAAUGUAUGUUCCACGACCACGAUAAUGGACGACUCUCGUACUCCCCCUGACCAGGCGGCUUCUGGUACCGGCAGUGAUGCCGCCAGUGCUUCUGCCCAGGCUUCCCAGCCUUCCACAACCUCAGCUGGGAACAGCAAUCCCGAUCCCAAUCUCAAUGGCCCGUUGCCGCUCCGACCUGGUCACGAGCUGCCUUUUGUUGCGCCAUCAUCCUACCUUCGUCCCAAACCAAGCAGUCGCACAAUGUCAGAUAAGACGUCAAAUCCCCUGGACAAGGACCAAAUGCAGGGUCUGAGAGGGGUUCGCGAGUUCCUCAAGGUACGCACCAGCUACGAUGUCCUGCCGCUCUCAUUCCGUCUAGUCAUACUCGACAAUGAUCUGCUUAUCAGAAAGAGUCUGAAUAUUCUGAUCCAAAACGGCAUUGUUUCGGCGCCGCUCUGGGACUCGCGCAAUGGAACCUUUGCUGGCUUGCUUACUAGCACCGACUACAUCAAUGUCAUCCAGUAUUACUGCCAGUUUCCCCACGAGAUCGACGAAGUCGAUCAAUUCCGGCUGAGUAGCCUUCGAGAUAUCGAAAGGGCCAUUGGUGUCCCGCCGCUCGAGACCGUAGCCGUCCAUCCCAUGCGCCCAUUGUACGAAGCCUGCCGACGAAUGCUUAAGACGCGAGCUCGGAGAAUUCCCUUGAUCGACACGGACGACGAGACCGGCCGAGAGACUGUGGUCAGCGUUAUCACACAAUACCGCAUCCUGAAGUUCAUUGCUGUCAACAACGAGCAGCACACAAUGUUGCUAAAGAAGCCCGUGAGGGAGAUUGGCCUGGGAACCUACACCGACCUCGCUACGGCGACCAUGAACAGCUCCGUUUUGGAUGUCAUUCAUCUCAUGGUCAAGUACAACAUCUCGGCUGUACCAAUUGUCGACAAGGACAACAGAGUUCUGAAUCUCUUUGAAGCCGUCGACGUCAUCCCUUGUAUCAAAGGGGGUGCGUAUGACGAGCUGACGGCGACCGUUGGUGACGCCUUGUCUCAGAGAGCUGAAGAUUUUGGCGGAAUCUAUACGUGCAGCGAAGAGGACCGUCUGGACACGAUAUUUGAAACCAUCCGAAAGUCACGAGUCCAUAGGUUAAUUGUUGUUGACGACGACAGCCGCCUCAAGGGCAUCAUCUCUCUCUCGGAUAUUCUCAAAUACGUGUUGCUCUAUGGAGAGGAAGAGGAUGACCUACAGGAGUAUUAAAAGGGAACACAAAGAAUGGGCGGCACUUGUCAUGGCCUAGCUAGGUUGGCUAUAGGACGGUAUGGUUUUUGGUUUGCAUUGCAUGGCGCUAUUUUUGGACGGUAUGUGGAAUUAGUGGAAUAGUAGGGUUGUAUAUCCUUUCCCCCUAAU